AAUUUGUCGUCAUACUUGAUGACUGGCAACGAUGAGGAACAAAAUGAUGGGAUUUGUUGUCACGCAAGACUCUGGUUUGAAGCUUGGUGGCUGACGUUGUUUCAAGAUUUCCUUCCGCACGAUGAGCGCGGUGUCGGGAGUGAAGACGGGCUGUUGUUUGUCUCGAGGGUGAACUAAGCUGAUUUUAUUUUGAAACAAACAUGGCUGCAUGUCCGCUGUGGUGUUUGGCUCCUCCUCCUCUCCGCCAUCGGUAGCUCGGGUUCCAUUGAGCAGCCUGGGCCGGGCCAGACGUCGGGGGGGGGAGUUUUGUGUCGGUCGCGACGGCCACGCUUGGAGUAGUUCAAACCGCGGACAUGUUCGGAGCCCGGCCGGCGUGUGCUCGCUGACAGAGGCCGCAGGGAGGCGUUUGUGUUGGGCGGGUGGGAGGACAGCCGAGCGGGCGAGCGGCAGUACCGCAGCCUUGCGUCAAAUCCGGCUACAAGCUAAAGGUUCGCACGACGUGGGGAGAAGCACGUUAGGAGGGGUUAUUUUGGGCGUCCACAUGUUGACAUCUGUCGGGCGAGCCAGGACGUUGUAAUUAUUGAGCCGCUUGUUUGGGGCGGGGGGCGGGGGCAGGCGCGAUGGACCUAAAUUUUUACUCCCAUCUUACCGGCGAAAGCGGGCAGCACGACGGCGAUCCACAGUUCUUGGAUCCGCAGUCCUUCAACGGAUUCGAUACCGACAACAAGUUCCCGGGAGGCAAUGACAACUACCUGACAAUUUCUGGUUCGGGCCAUCCCUUCUUGGCCCCCUCGGAGACCUUCCACACUCCCAGUCUGGGCGAUGAGGAGUUCGAGAUCCCUCCCAUCUCGCUGGACCCGGAUUCGUCGCUCACCGUUUCCGACGUGGUGUCUCACUUCGGGGAGCUGCCCGAUCCCGGUUCUUCCGACAGCGUGGCGGUCCCCGGGAGUGCCGUGGUGGAGGGCGACGACCCCUCCUUCGCCUCCACGUUUGUCCACCCGCCUUCGCAGGGGCUGGAGCAUCUGAGUCUGGGAGUCAUCAACCAGUCUGGGAGCGCCCUGCUGGGCUCAUCCCUGGGAAUGGAUUUGGGCCAUCCCAUCGGCUCGCAGUUUAGCAGCUCAUCCCCGGUCACCAUCGACGUCCCGCUGGGAGACAUGAGCCAAGGCCUGCUGGGUUCCGGCCAACUGACCACCAUCGACCAGUCGGAGCUCAGCGCUCAACUGGGUCUCGGCUUGGGGGCCGGAAAUAUCCUCCAGCGCCCGGAGUCGCCGGAGCAGCCGCUGUCGGCCACGGCGUCGCCGACUAGCUCGCUGCAGGGUGACGACAUGGAUGACUUCCGGAGGAGCAUCCUGGUGGAGUCUCCGAUCUCUCAGAGCUUUUGUCCCGGCGUCAUCUCCCUGGACCCCGCCGUGGCCGAGGCGCCGGGGUCCGGCCCCGCCUCGGGCGCCUCGGCGGCCACGGGCCGCAAGGGAGGGGGCGGCAGGGGUCGCAAAGCCGGGAAGAAGAAGGAAGACCCCAACGAGCCGCAGAUGCCCGUGCGGGCGUACGCGCUCUUCUUCAGGGAUACUCAGGCGGCGAUCAAAGGACAAAACCCCAAAGCCACCAUCGGAGAAGUGUCCAAAAUCGUGGCGUCCAUGUGGGACAGCCUCGGGAAGGAGCAGAAACAGGUUUACAAGAGGAAAAAUGAACUCGCCAAGAAGGAUUACAUGCGAGCGCUCGCAGAGUACAGGGCCUCCGUCAAUAGUCAGGUUCCCAUCGAAGUGUUGGAUUCGCCGCCCCCGCAGCCCCCGCAGCCCCCUCCGGCUGUCAGCGCGGCUCCCGCGCCGCGCCCCACCAGGGCCCAGCAGUACAACCCGGAAGAGAACACUAUCACCAACAUCUGUACCUCCAACAUCAUCUUGGACCUGCCUCAGGUCACCACACGCUCCCGGACGGGCGCCAUCAGACCGCAACCGCCGCCCGAUUCCAACCCGCCCCCCGUCGCCAAGAUCAUCAUCAAGCAAAUGCAACUGCCCUCCGGCGCCGUGUCGGUCACGGCGAUGCCCGCCUCGUCGCCGCGACAGCCGCCGCCGCUGCAGCAGAUGCAGAGCACGCCGCCGCCGCCCAGGCUGCAGCAGAUGGUGCACGCCCAAGCCCCGCCGCCCCUGCAGGCCAAGCCCCGGGGAGGCGGCACGGCGUCUUCCGCGGCUCCGCCGCCGCUGCAGAUCAAGGUGGUACCGCCGUUGCGUCAGACGGAUCCCGGCGCGCCGGUCAUCGUGACCUCGGCCUAUGAAACGUCAAAUACUGGAAAGGCAGAGGGACAGUCAGCCGUCACCGCGGCGGCCAGAGGACAGGAAGUGAUGGAGGCAGAGGAAGCGAUGGAGGUCGAGGUGAAAGUGGCCCCCAGGCCUGGCAUCACGCCCGCCACCAGCGCCAACAUUUGCGUGCGCACCGGUUGCACCAACCCGGCAGUGGACAGCAAAGACUGGGACAAGGAGUACUGCAGCAACGAGUGUGUCGCCACCCACUGCAGGGACGUGUUCACGGCCUGGUGCGCCAUCCGAGGGCAGAACUCCACCACAGUCACCUAGCGGAGGGAUACUCGUGACCCAUCCAUCCUUUAUUAUUAUUAUUAUUAUUAUUUUUAUUUUUUUUAAAGCACUUACCUGGUUCAAAAUCAUGGGGGACGUUGGAGUCUAUCCCAGUUGACAUUGGGGGGGGGGGGGGUUGGACAUCCAUCACAGGGCACAUAGAGACAUACAACCGUUUAUACCUGCAGACCAGAACCCCGCCCCCCCCUCGCCGCCGCAUUACCAGGGACCAGUGAGCGAGCGAAUGAGUGGAGGCCAGACGAGGCUCAGGUAUUGGCGCACAUUUUUGAUCCGAUUCGGGUCUCCAGACUGCUUCCAGGUGUUGCUUUAUUCAGCUCUUUGUGAAGAUUUUACUCUUGUUUGUGUUACAUUGACGAUUGAGAUGCGUGCGUAUGAUGUGAAAAGUCCUCCGUAAACAUUUGGACAGCAGCUUCACUCGUUUGUUUGGAACAAAAGUGGAGCAAACGCUCACAAGUUUGUCUCUGGGUCGACGGACCUUCUAAUUUGAAGGUGGGGGGGGGGGGAUCGCCGCCGGUACCACCACAAGUUUUAGUUUCCGGUCGUAAGAGAGGCCUGGAAGGUUUUUAGCGACGUGGUCGAGAUGUACGAGCCGCCUUUCAGGAUAACGAAACACUUGGAGAACUGGUGCUAAGAUUCAAGAAACAGAUUUUUUUUUUUUUUAAAUUGCUUGGAUUAUUAUGAAAUGUCAUGCAAAUUUCGUGGUGAAGACAUCAGUCCCAUUGACUGAAAAGGAAUUUAUGAGCUUUUUUUUUUUUAAAUGAAUAUGAAAUAUGGAGUGAUCGUGUGCAGAGGAAUGACGCAAGAAAGGGGAGCUGGUAAUAAAACAUUUAUGUUUUAUA